AUGUCUUCAUCGGUUUCUCGUGAAAUUGAUUCCAGAGAUAGCGCUUAUUGUCGCAAAGAGAAAUCGCUUGGAGUCUUAUGUUCAAAUUUUUUGAGGUUGUACAAUCGAGAAGAUGUGAGAACGAUCGGACUUGAUGAUGCUGCUUCCAAAUUAGGAGUUGAGCGGCGCCGCAUGUAUGACGUUGUCAAUAUAUUGGAAACUGUUGGUGUUGUAGCAAGAAAAGCUAAAAACCAGUAUACAUGGAAGGGUUUAGAGGAAAUCCCUUGGGUUCUGGAGCAGCUGAAGGAAGAAGGUUUGAGAGAAAAUUUCAAUGCUACUAUUUGCAGCAUUACUACUAGAGUUUCAAAUGACAACGAAUAUAAAGGGCUUUUGGGUCUGAACACAACAGGAGACGACUAUUCUUCUGGGUCGUCCAAAAACAAAAACAAAAGAGACAAAUCUCUAGCGCUUCUCACUCAGAACUUCAUCAAGCUUUUUCUUUGUUCGGAUGUGGACUCGAUCUUGCUUGAAAAUGCUGCAAAGGCAUUGCCAGGUGAUGCAGAUGAUGCGACAGCUCUACGAACAAAGGUUAGGCGACUGUAUGAUAUUGCAAACGUUUUAUCUUCAAUGGGUUUGAUUGAGAAGAUCCGUCAUCCCGACAGUGGGAAACCAGCAUAUAGGUGGUUGUGUUGGCGAGGAAAGGCCAAUAACAAAGUUGAUGCUGCUUCAGAUGUGAAUGAGCCCAAAAUGAGUGGAUUCGGAACUGAUAUCACAAACUACUGUUUCAAGAGAAAGAGAGAAGUUACUGAAGUGGAUUGCAAGUCGAGUCAGGAAAGAAGUUGGCAAACGCAUGAUGGGUUGAUCGAACUGGAACCCAACAGUGAUGGUGAAGAAAUGAAGCAACACACAAAACACCUCCCAAAGGCAAUUGAAUUUGGUCCUUUUGCUCCUAUUAGUGUGUCUAAGGUAGAAGAUGCUGCAAAUAAAAGAGCAAGACAGAUUCAAGACUUGGAAAAUUUGGCUUCUACUUAUCGUCCUCAGUAUCGCAACCAAGGUAAACUUUGA